UGCUUUAAAAGGAGCUCUCCUCUCAUCUUCUGAUCGCCUUACUACUCCCGUGCCGCCCGCGGUCUUCUCCAGCUGGGGCACGUGCGGUCCCCUGCCCCCGGGAGCGCCUUCCCACGCCAGUGGCGGGGCUCACUGUCCUCUGGUGUCACGGUCAGUUCAGGGAGGAGGAAGAGGUGGCGGCAAGGUCGCAACCCGCGGCUCCGCACUGCCCCCGCCCAGUUUCCCGCGGUGCUUUCUCAGCCUGCCCAGUAACCCGCGGCCCUACGCGCCCCGCGGCCCUACGCGCCCCGCGGCCCUCGGCGCCCGCCCGCCGGCCGGUCCGGGCACGUUGGAGCCGCGCACAGGCGCCACUGCCGAGCGGAGAAAGCGUUCAGGGCCAAGCCGCCGGACCGCCACGCGCGGAGGCGGCGAGCGAGGGGCGGCUCCUAUGCGGCACAUGUGUGGCGGCGCGGCCCCCAGGCCCAGGUGAGAGAGCGCUAUGGGGCAGGCGGGCUGCAAGAGGCUCUCCCAGGCGCUGUUCGACUACAAGACCGAGAAGUAUGUCAUCGCCAAGAACAAGAAGGUGGGCCUGCUCUACCGGCUGCUGCAGGUCUCCAUCCUGACCUACCUGGUGGCGACAACGGCUCUGGAGGUGAUGAGAUACAGCAGGGGCUUUUUUCCCCCCAUCUAUGAGGCUUUCCCUGAGCAGCUCCCUCCUCCAGGCCUGGAGCCCCCAGUACAAGGGCUGUGGAAAGGGGGCAAGGAUAGUGAAAGCAUUCCUAAUGCUGUGUGCUAUGAAGACAGCGACUGCCCUCUUGGGGAGCCUGUUAUGACUGGAAAUGGAGUGAGGACUGGCCGCUGCCUGCAGUCAGGGAACAUGCAAAGGGGCACCUGUGAGAUCUUCGCCUGGUGCCCAGUGGAAACAAAGUCCAGGCCAGAGAAGCCACUCCUGGGCAAGGCUGAAGACUUUACCAUUUACAUAAAGAACUUCAUUCGUUUCCCCAAAUUCAACUUCUCCAAGACCAAUGUGCCAGACACCAAAGACAGAGAUUUCUUGAAGUCUUGUCGAUUUGACCCCAAGAACCCCUACUGCCCCAUCUUCCGGCUGGGGUCUGUGGUCAGCUGGACUGGGAGCAACUUCCAGGAGAUAGCCCUGCAGGGCGGUGUGAUAGGGAUUCAGAUUGAGUGGGACUGUGAUCUUGAUAAAGCUCCUUCUGAAUGCAACCCACGCUAUCAUUUUAGCCGUCUGGACAGCAGAAUCCCAGGAAACUCUGUUUCUUCUGGGUACAACUUCAGCUGGGCCCAGAGAGGCUCACAGGAGAGGAACAAGUGGCUGGAGGGGUCGUUCUUCUGUGACCUGGUGCUCAUCUACUUCAUCAAAAAGAGUCAUUUUUACCGUAACAAGAAAUAUGAGGAAGCGAGGUCAGUUACGCUUCUUUCCCAGCGGCCUGAGGGGUCUGGCCACGCGGGGAAUGGAAAGGUGAAUGUGGAGCAGCUGCGGGACCUGCAGACAGUGGAGGCAUAGCCAGCGGCGUUGGCUGAAAGCAGAUCUAGUGACGACGUUGGGGGCAGAACCGACUGCAGCUCUGAACUGGGAAGUCAUCUUUGUGUCUGCAUGGGACGGGGGCUUCCAGGCAUGGCCAUCUCUUCUGCAUUUGGGGAUUUCUACAAGCUUUCUGUUGUGUGUUGGGGGAGGGGAACCUCUCAGUGGCCAGAGUGGCUCAGAUCUAGAAGAGGAGACCUUGGAGAGGGAAGCGGGGGAAGGCCAGAGGCCUGAAGGAUACUAGUGUUUUCACUUUUUUGGAGAACCUAGUUGGACAUUCAUUCAUUCAUUCAUUCAUGCAGUAAACACUUUUUUUUUUUUGCUGUGGGCUGCGUCCUAUCCAAGAGAUGCUUAAAUGAGACACUGACCUGGCCCUCAGGGAGGAGAGCACACAUGGAAUUCCCUCCAGAGCCAACAGACAUCACAGCCAGGCUCAGCCACUCUGGCCUUUCUGCAACAUCUAGAUAAGAUGAAGAAAGAACUUGGCCAACAUCCAAGGGGAUAUUUUGGACUUACCCCCAGGAUUUCAAUUUAAAGGUGGCCACAGAGGCAACCAGGGGAGGACUGGACCCAUCAGGAGGCAGCUGGCCCUUGAGGGGAGAGGCUGCCUCUGAGGGCUUCUGGGUAAGACGGGUAAGAGGAGGCAGGGAGGCGUCUGCUCCAGUCCGACUCGCCCAGCCUCGGAAGGCUGUGGGCAUAGCGUCUCAUCCAGAUGGGGGACCGCUGCCUGUGGUUUGGCUCUUGCAGCUCUGUGGGGUUAGGUGUCCCUGCCCAGCUUCCGUCUCUCUCCUCAGAGGCUAGAUCUGAAGGGCUAAUGAGAUGAUGCUCACUCAGCAGGUAGAAACAGUCUUGUUCGUGAGGCCCAACGUGUUAGGGAGUCCCUCCUCCCCUCCCCACUCCCCUGUAUUUCCCCGCGCCCCAUGGAGAGCUCCACUGCUUCCCUCCCUUAGUGGCUGUAGAGCCUCUCUGCUCCAAGGGUGGUCCAUGAAUCCCAGCAUCUGCAUCACCUUGUUAGAUGUGCAGUCUCGGCCCCUCCCUUGUCCUCCUAAAUCAGAGCCUAAGUUUCAACAAGACUCCAAGGUGAUGGUUCAAGUUUGAGAAGCACUGGUUGAGGAGAUCUGCCAAGCUGGUUCUGAGGGAGGAAAAGGCCACCUUUGAUGGGUGGCACCAAUUUCUAGGUCAGACUUACAUUCUACCUUGAGACUGAGAGGAUGCCCCUCCCCCAACCCCACCCCCGCCCCAGGGAAAGGAGCAUUACACUCGAUUUAUUUAACUAAAAAUAUUUUGACUAGAUAAUACUUACAUGAUUCAAAAUUUAAAAGGUACAAAAGAAUAGACAGCGAAAAGCUCCCCUUCCACCCGUUUCCCAAGGCAGCCUGUUACCAAUUCCAAAACAACUCUCUUGUUUUGCUGAGAAUCCGCUUAGUUACUUGCUCACUCUCUCAGGAAAUGAAUUUAUCCCUGUGCCUGCAACGUCAGGUCUCUGCCAGAAAGGCGCACGAUGGAAUAGGCGUAAAUACUGGGCCGAUUAGCCCGCUCUUCCCUCUCCCAGUGUCUGAGGAGUCCCUGUGUGAACCCAAGGGGAUAGAUCUACAAUAGAACUCACUGAGCCGCCCAGGCAGCAAAGGCCUGUAGUGCCGCCCCUCGCCCAGCAAGCCCCAGUGCUGUUUGCAUAGCUGUCGGGACGCUAGGGAGCAUCCUCUUUGGAAGGGCUCUCUGGGCCUCCUUUAAGUCAGAGGAGCCUGGUUCUCCACUGCAUACAGAGGAGGUAAACAUCGGUCCCCUGGAGCCUUUGGAGAGGGUCAGUAGGGGACUGAAAGGUCUCUGGUGAGGCUCCACCACUGGGGCAGAGGGUCAUGGUCCCCAGGAAUCCUGGAGCAAGCAGCUUCCUCACCUUGGGCUGCCUGGUAACCAGUCAACAAGCCCACGUGCUCUCUAAAUAAAAAGUGAAAAAUCUGGGUGACCCACUCUGGUGUUUCACAUCUUCCCUACAAACCCUUGGAUUGGAUAAUCUAGCAUGUUACUGUUAUGUUUGGAAGGAAAUAAAAAGGGCAGGGGUCAUGGCUGCUUAGGAGUUGGUCUGGUUUCUUUAAACCUGUUUUUGGAAUUGCUUGGCAGCAGCCAUGAAACCUAGGGACAGUUGUACUAUUUAUUUUAUAUUGGAAUGACUACGUCUUCCUACCCUGUUCCUUCAGUCAGUGAAUAUUUAUGGAAUACCUAUUGUGUCAGGUGUUGGAUUAAAUGCUGGUGACACAGUGGCAAGCAACACAGACAGUUCUGCCCGAGUGCUUCCACUCUUGGGGGAGCUGAACCUUAACCAGUGGUCACACAUUAUCAUCGCAGACUAAAUUGAGUUUUCAGUGGAGUAGCCAGAGGUUUCCCCCAAGAAAGUGACAACUAAAUUGAAAUCGGAAAGGCUAGUAGCAGUCUAACUAGGUGAUGGAGGAAGCAUUCCAGGUUAGGGAACCACAAAUGUAAAAGUAACGCUUAACAAGAGGAGCAACCGAGGAACUGGAUGAAGACAUUGUGACUGGAGCUGGUUUUGAAGCUUUCAUCAGUUUAAACUUUUAAGUAGAAAGUCCAAGAUCACAUGAAUUGUCUAUGCUUUUGUUCAGGCCCUGGCCUAAAGCCACCUACCUAGUAUUUUCCUAAUGAUUGAGUUAUUCCAUGCCUUGGGAGUACCAUGAUGCUGAUCAAAGAUAAAUUUGUAAAUUGGGUGAUAUCAAUAAGACAUCAUGGGGACCAGCCACUAAAGAGCCAAGUGCUCUCUGUUCCUGAUGCAGGGGUCAUCAGGACUGUCAGUCACAGCUGCCUUUUUGCCCCUGCCACGCCAUCAGUUCUUUCUUCUGUGGCUGACUGUGGGGGACCAGUUGUGAGGGGGGAAUGUGACUUCCUCCAGGUGUCUCUUAAAUACCCCAGAUUAAGGACUAGAGUGCCCUGCAGUCCCUAAAUCACCCUGCUUGGAAAGGCAUUUUGCAUAUGUGGAAAAGGACUCCACUUGGUUCCAUCCACCCCCCUCUACGCAAGUGAUGCAACUUUCCUGAGAACAUACUCUUCAGUGGACAUGGGAAUGCUCUUUCCAAGACACACCUUUCUCCCAGCUGUUUGUUCCCCUUAGGCCAGUACACAGAAUUAAAGCGGGGGUUGGGUGGCAAACAUUUUCUGGGACCUGCCCACUAUAUGUAUUCUUUGAUAUUUUUAUUUGGUUAUAAAAUAAUAAGUGUUAACUUUAAAUGUGUCAUGAUUUUUUUUCCCCUUCAUGUGUUCAUGGUCACCCGCUUUAGAGGAAAGGAAACUAUAAGGAUAAAGUGAGACCAAAAGAGCCAGACACAGAAACAAUUAGUGAGCAAUAUAUUACAUUCCUUAUUAUCUUGCAAAGAAAUUCAAAUGAAAAUAAGGAAACUCUUUAAAUUAGCAAACAUUAAAAGACUAGGAAGGCACUGAUAAAACUGGCACUUUUCAUUCAAUGAGUAAUCUGAUAAAACUCUGAAAAGCAUUUGGAGUUGUUUUUAAUCUUCUGCUCUGGCUGAUUAAAUUCCCUUAAAACAAUAUAGACGUGAAGACAUUCAUUGCAAUAUUUUUUAUAAUAGCGAACACUUCAAACCACCUUACUGCCUAGCAAGAGGAAUGGUUAAGUAAAUGAGCUCAUUUAUCUCCCCCCACCCAAGUAGGACCCUGUUUCUUUCUCUUUAGUCCACAUCAGGAAUGAGCCCUCCCUUCCCACUCAGAGAAGACCCUGAGAGAGGGUUGGGAGAGGCGGUGUAAACCACGAAUGUGGACAUCUUCAGUGGUGGUCAGAGAAAGGGCUCAGAAGGUCAUUGAAAGAGGGAGGCAAAGCUAUGGCCUCAGCUGCUUCCGGGCUUUGUGUCGAAGUAUAUACUAGUCUAGAAACCAAAAUGGGAUACAGGAGGCCUGGGUCCCAGAUCCUCUUCCAUUAGCCAUGGGCCACCUACUAUCUGUAAAAGGGGACUUGGAUUCAAGCUUUCAGAUCCCCUUCUGAUCUAAAACGGAUUCUUUUUUAAAAAUCCAAAUCUGAUCACAUAACUCCUGACUAAAACAUUCAUAGGCCUCUCCCAGUACUUUCAAAGGCUUUCCCCAGUUGCUCUUAGUGUCAGGGCCAAACUCCCUAUGGUGGGCCCUCCAUGAUCUGGUUGUUUACCUCAUGGCCUCUUUAACUCUCCACUACAGGCCAAACUCCUUUCUGCCCAAUGGCCCUCACACGUGAUUUCUCCAAAGUACCUCCCUCCACACUUUACUUGGCUGUUAUUCAACCAUUGGGUCUUGUCUCUAAUGUUAUUUCCUCAAAGAAACUUUUCUUGACUUCCACCUCCCAACCUGGGUUCAUCUUGGGGUUCCUAUGUACUCUCUUUAUGGCACUUACCGUAACUUAAAUAUUUGUAAAUUAGGUAAUGCUGGUCUUCCCAGUUAGCCUAUAAAUUCCAUGAGCAACAUGUUCAUUACUAUAACUCUAAUGCAAUAUUUACUUCUUAAAUAUGCAUUUUAUUGCAAGAUAACCCUCCUGACAUGAAGGGAUCACCAAUUAGCAUAUAGACAGGCAUUUACACUCUAAACAAGCCAAAGUUUAGCUUAAAAACGUCCCGUCUGUUUAAUCUUCACUAGGCAUGUUCUAGAAAACAGCUUGAAUUAAUUUUUUUAAUGGGACUACAGCUAGCUGUAACUAGGUGAAAUGGAACUGAAACAGCACCAUUCAUACCUGAAAGCAGUGGUUAAUGGGCGGGAAGGCUGGGCUCUGAAAAGGUAUACUCAGCCAAUACAGCAAGAGCAAUUAAGAGGCCUGGAUUUGAAUCCUGGCUCUGCCUUUUCUGAGCUGCACCUCCUCUGCAGCCUUAGGUUCGUCAAUGGGGGACACUAAUCACAUCUAUUCCAUAAGGAUAUUGCUAGAAUUAAAUGAGCUAAUGGGUGUAAAAGGUACAAGGCACAAUGCCUGGCAUAUAGGGCACACUUAAUAAAUAUUAACUGCUAUUAGUUCUUAGGAAUUUGACAACAAGUGCUCUCCGUAUUUAGGCCCUAGUGCAAAUGCAAGGAAAUUACAAAGGCUAAGGCUCAGUCCCAGCUCUCCAGGAGUCAAAGCUUGGUGGAUUUGCACCCACGAUAGACAGGGGGUAUACGUUAAGGUAGGAAAAAACUCUGUCAAGUGUCUCACGCUUCAUUUAAUCUGAAGAAUAUUACAGGCUCUUCGUCUUCAGAUAUGUUACUGAUAACGUUACAGAACAAGCAGCGAAUUCAACAAUUUAAAAACUAAGUAGGUCUACACGUCGUUCAUUUCUGGCACCAGUCUUCCCAAUCUGGUUUUUUU